AUGAGUCACCAAGCAGCGCGUGCACAAGAGGAAAGCACGACCGAGAUGGAAACUCGUCCCUCCUUCGCGCCCCAUCAAAUUUCUCAGACUUCUCACCUAUCCAACUCUUCACCUUCCACCUCCUAUCCCACUAUGUCCUCUGGCAACGCCGAUUUAUCCCAGGCCAAUCCUCGAUCCCGCCGUGAGGCCCAAAGCUCUGAGUCCAGCAGCUCCAAAGCUGCAACGUCUGUGUGGAGUCAAAAGUCAUCCACACCCCAAUCUCCGGCUUUAUCUCUCCCAUCCUCCAAUCCCGAGAGUAGUGACCUUGGAAUCGAUCCCACAACCCUGCUGACCGCUCAUAUCCUCGACCGACCCUCCUCUCUUGACCAGCUUUGCGACUAUCUUGACGUACUCAAAGAUGAGCUCGUGUCAGAUGACCCUCCUAGCUCCCAAUACGUUCUGGUGCAACGGAUCCCAGCCGAUCUUUUUUUAACGAUUGUUGAACACCCUGAACUUCUAAAAGGGGUGCGCGCAACAAUUCGCCACCACGAGCACGACGUCCUAUAUAAGAUGUCGUACCACUACCAUGAGAAAAUCGGCUGUUAUUUUGAUAUCUGGAUUAGCAAUGCUCUUGGUGAUAUGGGGUUAAGCAUUCUCAACCGUGAUUUUUGGCUUGGAGGGGCUGGACGGUCCACUGGUCGCGUGUGCGACAAGCAGGCAGACAAAUCGUUUUUCCCUGGAAGGAAUCCGGCGCCCGGUACACCUGUACAAUGGCCCUCUCUUGUGGUAGAGAUUGGGAUAUCCGAGUCCCUUCCCCAGCUACGGACGGAUGCCCAAUGGUGGUACUCCAACUCAAACCAGAAAACCCAGCUUGUGGUGCUCAUCUCCGCCAAUCCCACCACUCACGAUGCCGACAUCGAGAUUUGGACGCAAGUCGUCAACCGAAGAGUUGGAGCUACCACCAGGGGUACCACCAGGGGCGAGAAUACUUACGUCCUGGAGCGUACCAAGUCGGCUAGGCUUAGGAAUGGAGUGGUGUCUGGUGAUGUACUGGAACUUGAUUUCCAGACUUUGAUGGGGCGGCCGACACGAAACCCCCAAGAAACGAAUCUACAGCUUACUCCGAUUUGGAUACAGAGGCUUCCUGGAUGCCUAGUCGUUACGGUCUCAACUGACCGACCCGCCAACCCGACCCCCUACGUGACUCCAAGCUCCUCAUCUAUGGAGAGGCGCCUUCAACUUUCCCGACAGCUUGCACUGCAGUUUCGCAACUACCGAGACGCCAAUGAUCCCUGGUCGAACGAGUUCGACCCAGAGACCCUCGCUAGGAUUGGCGUUAUCCUGACCGCAGACAGCCCAGUGCACUUACCCAAAUCGGAGGACCUAUUCCCAGCUGCCUGGCCGAUAGACCGGUCCGUGCUCAAUAAGGCCGUGAAGAACUUCCUUCGUCUUACUUCCCACCUUCCUAUCACCCCUGCUCCAACCUCCACACCAACUUUCCCUCGCCCUGAAAGGUCACUUGGCCGUUCGUCAACUCGAACGUCAAGCCGGGCGUCUUGUGUCAGGUUCAAGCCAAGCGUCUAUUGA